ACUGGGCCCCGUCUGUCAUCUCCUCCUUUCCUCUCGAUGCUCCCAGACCGCUGCUUGCUCAAGUCGUCCACAGCUCUCGCGCUCUCUCUAUCCCUCGCUUCUCUCUCGCGCGCGCCCCGCCAUGGCCGCCGCGGCCACGAGCCGAGCUCGCCGCCGACGCCCAGAACCACCUGCGGCCACGAGCAGAGCCACCACCACCGCCGGCCUAAUCUCGAGCUGAGCCAGUGCUUAGGCCCUUUCUUCUCUUUUUUGUUCCGUUUCAUCUUCUUCCUCACCGUUGGGGGAUUUCGAUUCACCCUCUCCGGCUUCCCGGCGAGCACCUCCACCCGUCAUUGUCUCUGCUCGCUGUGGCGCCUCCCUGUUGCGCCGCUCCUUCGUCUGAGCUUUGGGUGCGCCGGAAGUGGUGUACGGCCACUUCUACCCCGUUGAUCCAAGUGCGGGAGAGGAGUAGGUCGUUGUGGCUGUAAUGAUGUCCUUGAGCAAGGCAUCAUUAUCUUAGUAUGUCUUUAUCGUAAUCAAGUUUCGUGAGAGCAUGUAAAUUCAAUAAACUUUAAAUUUCGGUUUAAUAUGUCUUUCGUGAGCCCAAGACUUAUAAAGGAAGUUUGAACCCACCUAUAUCGAACUUGUGAUGUUAAAUGUGUAAAACUGCUCUUUAUGGAUUUUUGGCGAUGUAUUCGAUUGUAAACGGUAUGUGUA